AGGCCGCCAUGGCGGGAGGCCGCCCUGGGAGGCGGGCGCGCUCGGCCGGGGAGGCCCGGGAAGGUGCUGCUUCCUCUCCCCCCAGGCGGAGGUCCGAGAGAAACAUGCCUUCCUCAACUCGUCCAGUGUCCCAGGGUAACCCCACUGGGGUGGCCAGGAAAAUGAUAGCCACCCCGCGCCCGGGUGCUUCUGUCACGCGCACGAUAACUCUGAGAAAGAUUAAGCCAAGGAACCAGCAGAUUUCCUUCAAAGAAAACAAGGAGAACAGCCCCCCGGCGGCCCCUGAAAAUCAAAGCCCCCACGGAGGGGAGGCCCCGAAGAAAACCCAGCCCGUCACCCCGUGCUGCUCCUUGAAUGCAGAGAACAGCUCACCGAAAGAGACUAAUGUCCUGUCCCCAGUCACCGCCAACACGCCGGGUUCCCCGCCGGAAUGCGAACGAGACCUGACCAUGGCCAAGCGUGUGCGCCGCUCUUACAGCCGCCUGGACAUCUCCUUGUCCCGCAGCUUCACAGACAAGCCGGAGUUUCCCAGCUUCAGCCUGACCGGCACCUCCACGCCCGCCGGUGGUCCUGACAAGCGGCAAACCCUCUUCGGUUUCGACAAGCUGCUGCUCCCGGGGGAUCUGGCGGAACCCUCCCCUCUGCAUAUCAUCGGUGCCCCCAAGUCGGCGGCGAAGGAAAGCGGGCCCUUCGGGAAGCCAGACACCGACAUCCCUGGCAUCUCGUUCGGCAGGGAAAAGCGAAGGAAGAAGAAGGUGCCUGAGUUUGAUAAAUCCAAGAUGGAUGAGUGGGCUGCGCAGAUGAACGCCGAGUUUGAAGAAGCCGAGAAAUUUGACCUCCUGGUGGAGUGAAAAGCUGCACCUACUCAGUGCAUCGUUGGUGGCCAAGGACGUUCUUUGUACAUAAAUCUGACCCCCCCACCCCUUCCAGGAGGACGCUUAAUCUUUCUUGGCAUAAAGCUGUAAAUUUUCUUUUCUUUUUUUUUUUACUACAGGCUUAUUUGCAGACAAAAGGCAGCUAACACUUCUCUUAAUCCCCCACCCACCCCAAAAAACCCCCCACAAAAGAUACUCUAUAGUUCUGUGGGCUUAUACGGAAUUUUUGUUUUCUGAAAAUCUGUGUCGGAAGAGUCCGGAUUCUAACCACACUCACAAUUUUUUGUAAAUGGCUUUGCCAACUUUGGAAACAACUUGAGUUUUUUUUUUCACCUCCUUCUCAGCCGCGAGACAUUAAGGCGAUGUGCGUUCUGGUUUUGGAAAGAGCCACGACUUUCCUCCCAGUAGUUUUAUUUUCUUCCCAUUAUUUUUCUUCUGCGUUUGCCUUCUGCAAAAGUCACCUUUGCUUAAACGUAGUGGGAGAACUUGGUUUGCUCAUUUUUAGAGGAGGGGUUUGUGAGUUAAUGGGGAGCUUGUUUUAAGGAACAGCCUGUUUCUUAAGCCGCGCUCUCGCGCGCUGGCCGUUCCUCUUAAAGGACUUCUCGCGUAGUGACCAAGUUUUUGAUGUUCGUUUUGUCUCUUUGUCCCCGGGGACAUUUCACAGUGCAGCCCUGUUAGAAUAAUUGUGAGAAAAUUAAAAAGUUUUCCUGCCGUC